AUGUGCGUUCAUCUCAACAGCGUUCCUAUGAUCUGCCUACUUCUGGCGGCCGGUGCAGAUCCGUCGCUCAAAAAGAACAUUGCCCUGCACGUGGCUGUAAAACAGCAUCAUCUACCCAUCGUUCAGCUGCUGGUGGAACAAAGCGACAAAUUGGAGUACCAAUGGCGUAGUCGACUUCGAUUGAUUGCAGAGAAUCUGCGUAUUCUGACAGAGGCUCGCCGGACGAGACGGCCACAGCGCCCUAGUGCACGAGCUGUUCCCCCUCUCGAUGCCACGCCGCCGAAACGCCAAAAACUGUCAGAUCGUUGUUCUGUGGACCUGGCCUUGUUGAAAACAGCUGUACGAUCCAAGGCGUGGGAUAUUGUCACUUAUCUCCUGCAUACAAAAGGUCUAAUACCAGACGUGGACACACUCAAAAUCAUGGACAAGUAUGGUAUGCACUAA